AGUUACAGACGUUUGCUAGAUAUCGAAACAUGUUCAAUUGAAGUUAUCUGAUCUCAUAAGUAGUUUUUUCCUUGAAAGUGAUACUUGUUGGUUCAAUUACUGAAAAAUUUAAAUAAAAAAAAUCAUUAGAUUGAGAAAAUCGGAAAGCAAUUAAAUCUUCCCAUUCUCCUUAUAAAACAUUUACAUAUUUUUUUUUGAAAAGAAAAACAAAAAAGUUUUGAUUGACGAUUUGUCAGAUAAUUUACGCUAUCUAUCGUGUAAAAUUGUUUAGCUUCGAGGCAAACGAUAUAAAGGUUCAGACAAAAGACGAUAAAGAGAUAAGAAGUUAAGAUGGAUUCAGCUACAAUCAAGCGAGUUGGAAUUGAAAAAGCUCAAAACUUUAUGCGUCAAUAUCGUGAUCCUGAAUCACGUGAAUUGAGGAAGUUGUCAGCUAAUCAAUUUAUGGAUGUUUGGAGCCAUUAUGAUAAAGACGGAAAUGGAUUUAUUGAAGGCACGGAACUUGAUGGAUUCUUAAGGGAAUUUGUUUCCAGCGCAAACCCAACUGAAGUAAACUCAGAGGCUCUGACUGACGAGAUGUUGACGGAAUUAAAAUCGUGCUUCCUUGAAGCUUACGACGAUAAUCAAGAUGGCAAAAUUGAUAUUCGUGAACUUGCCCAACUCUUACCAAUGGAAGAAAACUUUCUAUUAUUGUUUCGCUUUGAUAAUCCACUUGAUUCUAGUGUUGAAUUCAUGAAGAUUUGGCGUGAAUACGAUUCAGAUAACAGCGGUUACAUCGAAGCUGACGAGUUGAAGAAUUUUCUUCGGGAUCUAUUGAAAGAAGCGAAACGAAAUAACGACGUUUCAGAGAAUAAACUCAUCGAGUACACUGAUAUUAUGCUACAAGUGUUUGAUGCUAACAAGGACGGUAGACUUCAAUUAAGCGAAAUGGCUAAAUUGCUUCCAGUCAGGGAAAAUUUCCUUUGUCGGCAGGUAUUUAAGGGUGCUAAAACUCUAACAAAGGAAGACAUCGAGAGCGUAUUUUCAUUAUACGAUAGGGAUAAUAAUGGAUCCAUUGAGAACGAAGAGCUGCGAGGAUUUCUCAAAGACUUAUUGGAACUUGCUAAAAAGGAUUAUGAUGCUCAAGAUCUUAAAGACUUCGAAGAAACAAUUCUACAAGGUGUUGGAUAUGACAAGGAAGGAAAAAUAUCGCGGAAAGAGCUAACCAUGAUUCUUCUGACGCUGGCUAAAAUGCCCUCCAGUGAACAAUAAAUUCUUCAUUGACUUUUCGAUUGAGCGAUUGAGUGAGAAUUAGAAAAGCGCAAAAAAAUCUUCUUACUCGCAUUUUUUUUCUAAAAACUCUUUUAAACUUUAUACAUUUAACAACUUGAAAUUGCUAUCGUUAAACUUUAUAAAUACGUGUAAGCACCAACUCGCCUAUAUCAUACUCAAAUGUAAUGUUUCUUCUAUUUGCUUCCAAUUGUAAGAAAAAAAAGAGAAAAUUUAGUGAAAAAAAGCAAACGUAAGGAAAAGGUUACGGGAAUGUGAUGGUUACUAGUGAAUGAAAGGUUUGAAUCUCAUUUUUUCGAUGUUGAACAUACUAAAUAGAAACUUUUGCAUUUACUUGAUAAUGUUCAAGCUGUUGUUGAUGUCUUGCAGGUUUCUCAAGCAAACUUUUUGUCUUUUCUUAUUUGUGAGGAGAAAGGAUUCUCUCAAGGGUUUUUUGUUCACAUUAUUAGAUGUUUUUUAUUCAUACUUCCAAAUAAUCCUCCCCAUAACUUUGUGAACAUUCAUAGGCACACAAAAACUUUUUGCUAACAUUCAAUAAAAGGUAAAACAAAUUUCUUUUUAAUUGAAUUUAAUGACUUUCGAAACACCAAGAGAUUUAAUAAGAUAUUCAAAAUUUAAUUGUAAGAAGGUUGUAAAUUGAAUGUUUAUUGUGUAAAGCAUACAAAUAUGUAGGUGUGAAACACUUAAAGGUUGUAAAGAGAUGUUGUCGACAUCGACCUUGAUUUUCCCGUGUUAUAUUUAAAAAUUAUCACAGUAAACUUAUUUUACCACCCAAAUUUUUAGAUGGUAAAUAGAUGAUGCCGAUAGGGACAAGAGGCUUCAGCAUCGAAAGAACUUUUUUUUUUGUCUUUCAUGCAUAUUUUUUUUCAUCAUGAAACAUUCAUGAACAAUGAAAAGGUAAAUGAGAAACACAAAAACAUUUUCUUGAAGAAAGGACAUUAGAUACAGAUUGGUAUUAGAAAACGAACUAAAAGAGUUUUGUGUCAUAAAAUAUUUUAAAUAAAAAACACUUUCUAACUAUUGAAUGUUCCAAUGAGAUUCAAAAAGCUUUUGAUUAUUUUAUUAAAUAAUUUUUUUUCCUUACCCUGCAAAACAAUUGAAAAGCUGAAAAACGGCAGUUCACAAUGAUCCGCUAAAACGAUAAUCAACUUGUUGCAACGCUCAUAAAUAUUUAUGCAAAUACUAUUUUUGCGAGCUCUAUGUGUUUAAUUUAUAAAGCGCAUUGUCGACGUUUUCAUAAGAGAAAUUGGAUGGAAGUUAAUAAAAUAUUGAAUGUUUAUAAAUGACCUGAGAACUUGAACCUACAAGUUAGACAUUAAACAAACAGCCAAGCUAUAAUAUCCAACUUCAGCCAAUUUCUUGACAAGCACUAAAUUAUUUUAUUCCUAGGUGGAAAAAUGACAAUGAAAAACAACGCGAAAAAAAAGAAGAAGAAGCGCAUUAAUUUAAAUGGCCUGGAGAUUUGUUCAUGAGUGAUGUCAGGAAACAGAAGUAAUUAUAAUGGUUUUAAACCAUAAAGACUUCGUGGCAUGACUAAUUAGCAAGAUCUAGUUGUAAUUUUAUAAAUCACAGAUUAACAUUUAUAAAUGAGAUACAAAAAAGAAAAAAGUUUUGCUUAUGAAUUUCUUGAUGUUGAAAACGUUUUAAUGAAAAAAUAAAUUAAAAGAUGAGAAAUUAUCUGUAAGAAAGGAACUUUAUAAGACAUGUUCGUGUCAAAAAAUUAAUUUUCAUGAAAAACUCGUUACUCUAAAGCAGAAUAAAAUGGAAAGAGAACGAGAACGAGAAAGAAAGAGAUAGAGAGAAAAAAAAUAGAAAAAUAAAAAUCAAUGUUAACCCAAACCAGACAGAAAACUUAAAACAUUUACAUGGGAUAUUUAUCGGCUACGAAAACCAGACACAGAGAUUGUGGUUUAGUGUAGAAUUUAAAGAUUUUUUUUUCUUCGAUAGCAGAAGAAUUAAGAAAAAAAACUUUUAAUAUCUCAAUUCAAAAACUUUUCUUCUUCAAAUUAUUCCACCCACAAACAAGCCACCAAGAGAAUUUUCUCUAACUUCCUUCCAUCAUUUACGUGAUUCUUCUGUUCUCUUCAGACGACGAGUUGAAUUGAAAUAAAAUUAAAAAAGUUUCAACGGAGUAUUUCCCAUACAUACUGAAGCAAACACAAACUUAAAAAUUGCUAGAUAUUAUUUUAAUUAUAGUGGAAACGUCAUGUAACGAUGGCUGAAGGGACAACGCGGUAUCGAAAAAAUCUUGUAUCGAGUAAAUAAUCGGUGCAAUUAAUUUUGAAGAGAGAUUGAAUUUGCUGCAGUAAGAGCGUGAAAAAGAUUAAAAUUUCCUGAAAAUUUCUUUCAGUCCAUAAAUUAUUUUCUUAAGAUCUUAAAUUAUUUUUAAAUGUUUCUUCCAAAAUAAUUUAAGGCAUCUCGUUAUACAUAUUAAAUUACCAAAACAUGUCGUGGAUGCAAUGAUCUCCCUGUGAAUUUGACACUCAUGAUUCUUUAAUAAUCGUGAACCUGACAUAAUUACGUAUGAGGUACUGGUUUACAAGAGCAGAGCUUUAUGUUCAUAAGAUUAGCAUAUCGAGUAGAAGUUGCUAAUUCCGGCUGGUUUUAAUACCGUUUUUUUCGGUAUUUUAAAACCGUCUUGAGAUUUUUCAUGUGAAAAUAAGAAAAUGUUUUCAACUUUUAGCUUUAUAUCUACCUAGGCUUU